UGCUUUGACUGCUAAAAAUGGACUUAAUCCACAGGAACAGGCUACAGUUAUUUGGAUUGCUGUUGUCUGUAAUAGGAUUGAUUUUAACUGGUACCUGUAACUAUUUACCAGACUGGAAAAACCUCGGAUUAGACUUAAAUGAACUGGAGCUUUGGACUAUGGGACUCUGGCAAACCUGUGUAGUCCAAGACGUAGGAGGAACGCAGUGUAAAGACUUUGAUUCUUUCCUAGCUUUACCCAUAGAAUUCAGGAUUUCCAGGAUUUUAGUAUCUACAUCAAAUGGACUAGGACUUCUGAGCCUCGUCAUCUCUAGCCUUGGUUUGGACUGCCUAAAGAUAGAGGAUACAGAGCAGAAGCUAAAGAAACAGCUGUUACUACUUGGAGGAAUACUCAUGUGGAUAUCUGGAGUUCUGGUUUUAGUUCCUGUUUCCUGGGUUGCCCAUACGAUAAUCCAGGAAUUCUGGGAUGAAGUUAUCCCAGAGAUUGUACCCAAAUGGGAAAUAGGGGAUGCACUGUUCAGUGGUUGGUUUGGUGGGUUUUUUAUAAUUCUAGGAGGCUCUCUGCUCCUCUCGACAAUCUUCUUAUCAUCUGACCAUCAAUUACCAGAACGGUAUACAAUGGCAGAUAUGCAAGACAACCGUCAACAGGUGGAAAUUGGAAAUAGACUUUAAGAAGGGUACAUACUAAGUUUUUGGAUUUCUUACUCUUGCGUUACAGUAAGAAAAGGCUGCUGAACAGACUGGCUACUGUUUACAAGAUUGGGGGAGGGAUUAUUACUUAGAAUAUGGUUCCUUUAAUUUCUACUUACUUUCAAUUUUAAUUAGAGAUUGUCAUAGCUCAUCAAUUAAUGUAAGUCACCACUGUUUUUGUCCAAAAUCUGAUCAAUUGCAGUGUUCUUUGUGUGGUGCUUUUUAUGUUUGUUUGCUUGAUUGUUGUUUUUUCAUGUGAAAUGAGUAAAAAACUUUGGAUCUCUAGGCAUGCAGGGAGACUUAACACUUUUAAAUAACAGAAGCCUUACAGUUCUGAAACAGUUUGCUGUGCCAGUUCAACGUACAUUACAAAAGUCUAAUACAAGAUAUAACCUUAAAUGAAAUUCCACAGACCUUUAUUCACUUACACUAGUCUAAACUAACUGUUCCCUCAAUGUCAUGUAAUGCAAUAUUCUCCAUCCAGGGUGUGUAUGUGUGUGUGAAUAUACAACUGAAUAUAUCCCAGCACAACCAUACACACUCUCUGGAAAGCCAGCAUUUUUAGCAGUAACAAGAUGCUGUCUGGUGGAGAGUGCUCAUUGCUACUGCAGCUUUUAUUUAAUGAAUGUAAAGAACUAACUUCAAGUGUAUGCAUCAUUUUCUUUAUAACUUAUCCUAAGAC